AUGAAAAACCUUGUAGUUUUCAUCAUUUUCUCUCUUUUAGGAUCCCUCACUCUUGCUAUUGAACUUGACUUUUGUGUUGGUGACAUUAGUCUUCCUAGAGGACCAGAAGGCUAUGUUUGCAAAGAUUCUUCUAAAGUUACGAUUGAGGACUUUGUUUACACUGGAUUUCGUGGUGAAAAAACUAUCACUAAUGCUUUUGGAUACAAUGCUACUCUAGCAUUUUCAAAUGCUUACCCUGCCUUGAAUGGUUUAGGCAUCUCUAUGGCAAGGUUAGACUUGAAAGUUGGUGGAGCUGUUCCAGUACACUCCCAUCGAACAUCAGAAGUUAUUAUUGUAAUUAAAGGUACGAUAAUUGCAGGGUUUAUUGACUCAAACAACAAAGCUUACUACAAAACGCUAGAGGUUGGUGAUGUCAUGAUCUUUCCAGAAGCAAUGCUUCACUUCCAAGUUAACGUCGGUAAAAUUCCAGCACUUGCAUUUGUUAGCUUGAAUGGCGCAAACCCAGGAUUACAACUCACUACACCAUCCCUAUUUGCGGGCAAUUUGCCUGGUGAGAUAGCUCAAAAAAUUACUCUCCUAAGUCAUGAAGAAGUGAAGCGAAUGAAGAAGAUAUUUGGCACAGCUUAA